AUGCGAAAUUCGACGGAGAACCAUAGGUAGGCGACGCAAAAAAAAAGAGAGAUUUCCGAGCGGUGGGGGUUUGAAAGAUUGCGGCCAAAAGUGUGCCACUUUCAGCAUAAUCUCCCUACCCUCAUGCCACAACUUCAACGGGCUCGAGAACGCGGCGAACCUCAACUACGAGUACGCAGUGGACCUGCUCAUCGGCGCCGCGUGCGAUGAGGAAACGCAGACGGUCUCGAGACUCGCGCUCCGCUGGCACAAACUGUAUCUUUCGUCGGCGCCGUUGAGCACCAAAGAGAAGUGGCUCAAAGUACAGUGAUAUUGGAUAAGCAGAAAAAAAGUUUUAGAGAGGGCACAACGAUUGCUCUGAAACCGCACAGUUUGGCCGGCACCGUCGAGGUUCUGUUGGCGGUUUGCGAAUCGAUGGGCUGGAAAGAGGUGGUUGACCCAAAUUUUUUAUUAUAUUUUUCCAUAAAUAUCACGGUCUCCAGAGCUGACAAUAUGGGCGUGGCCUCAGCGGCCAAAUGGCGUUUUCAUGAAUUGAGCAGGUUUUCUCUGAUUUUUGUGUGGUCAACGACGAUGAAAAAUGAUUGUUUCUCAUGAAAACACAUUAAUUCUCACAGAAUUAUGGACGUUUUGGCGCAUUUUUCACGGAUUUCGCGGACUUUGCUUUUUCGCGUUCGCCGCCGAUCGCCGCCUAAAAACCGCACUUUUCAUUUUGCGCUUUCUUGACCGUUUUCAGACAGAACUGGUUUUGAGAAUGAUAAAUCACGUAAAUACAAGCAUUUUGAGCGCUCGAACCGCGAAAACUACCGAAAAGCAACUGAAAUUCACGCAGUUUUAGCGAAAAACCUUCAAACUUGACCAAAUUUAACGCUCUUGCGCUUAAAAAAUUCGUAAUAGCCUAUACAAUCGGUCUAUCGAGAGAAAAAUGAGAAAUUAUCGGUUUUUCGUGGCUAAUCUCACAAAAAUUUUUUUUUUUGCUGUAAAAAUUUGAAUUUCGCGCCAAUGUAUCGCUCUAUUUGGCGGGGCGCACUUGCGCUCAUUGUCAGCUCUUGAGAUUGUGUAUAAAAUCGACUUCAGAUCGGUCUAAUCUACUCGGAAGACACGAAAUACACCGCGCACGCGAUCUACGACAUGCUCGCCGAAAAAUCGGAUAUUCUGAAAAUCAACGUCUUUUUACAAACCGACGGACACCUCAACACAUAUUCGAUUCUUCAUCGAGCCAGAGGUUUGAGCACGUUUUUCGGCCAAAAUUGUCCAUUUUCAGUACUAAUCUCCUUUCUGACUACUGUCGAUCUGUCGACAUUUAUGAAAACGUUGAAGGAGAAGGCGUUCCGCCCUUUGGAAUUCAGUGUAGUCCACGUGGAUAAUCAAAAGUGGGUGGUCGAAAUCGAAACGUUGUCAAAAUUAGUGAAAAAUCGCAGAACUCCCAUCGCAGAGUUCUUCAACUAUCUCGACCGUCAGGCUUCUGAAGAGGCGACGCCGAUUGCGUCGGCGCGUCUGCGCAAACUGCUGCGCCACGUGGCACUUCUUCGGAAUAGCCACGACGAUCGGGCGGCUAUGGAGACGUUCGCCGUCGAGAAUCGCAUUACGGUAGUGUGGAUUUACGAGAAGUCUCGAAAAAAAAUAAGUUGUAUUUGAGCCCUCACAUACGCUCUACAAAGCGCUGAUCCUCUGCGAUGGGCUCCGAUUGUUGAGCAACUACAGUAGGCGCCGAAAUUUGACAAUCGUGCAAGAGUUACCGUACCUCUGGGAGCACGUGACCAACACCGAAGUGCACGGCUUUUCGGGUCCGAUGUUCAUCGGCACCGACGGCGUUCGUCUACCGUACUACGAGAUGUUCAUGUGGAGGCAACAGGCGGUUCGCCACGUGGCACACGUCAAACCCAGAGAGUCGCGGUUUUGCGGCCGCGUUGGCCAACAACACGUCCAGAAUUGCUAUGUGAGUUGAGUUCUUACGGAUACUGUAGAUCUAAAAAUGUUUGUGUGCAAAAACUUGAAGUCUAGUACGUCAUUUUUCGAGUUUAUCAUCACUUUUCUGUACGAUGAACUUUGAACAGCUACACAGUACUCUUGCAAGUGGUCUUAGAGUGAUGUAGUCAACUGAAAAAAUGAAGCACAAGUCGUCAAGAUUGUGUACACAACAUUUUGAGGUCAUAGGACGUCUUCAGCCGUAAAGCCAACCGUAUGAAAAUUUUCACUAACAGGAGUUCGUUCGAUCGGCUCCACACGGACUUUUGCUCGAUGAUCUUCCGCCGUACACGUCGGAUUGUGGAUACGACAACAAUCUGUGCAGUGACCUCCACGUCUUCCUGAUCGCCGCCGUCGUCUUCUCGAUUCUUCUCAUUCCGAUGGCGAUCGCGUUCUAUCUUCAACGAAAAGAGCAUCUGAUUCAGCAGAUGCCGUGGCGUGUGCCUUUGGAAGCGAUUUCGUUCGACGACGGCAGGGACGGAUCGACAAUACCGGCAAAUAUUCAGAGGAGACUGUCGACUACGACUGCAAGCACCGCCCGUGCCUCCUACGCCUCCAUUUUCUCGGCCAACAUCUGCGAACACGCGCAUGUUAAUAAACAUAAGGUCUGAUGUGAAACGGGCUUUUCGAGGUGGGUGUUAAAUUGGAAUAUUGUAGGUGUCCUUGAAGCGAUACGCUCAAAAAAGGGCAAUAACUUUCACAAGACACGAGAUGGAGGAGUUGAAUCAGGUAAUUUUGUCAAUUUGCCUCAAAACUCGAUGAAAUUAGAGACAAAAGAGAGGGAAAACAUGUUUUCACUUCUCGCGGAUCCCAAUUACAGCUCAAAUACAUGUCCCAUACGAACAUCAACGCGUUCACCGGCAUCUGCUUCAAUCAGGGCUCCGAACUGUUGGUGAUGUGGCAAUUCACGACCAGAUACUCGCUGGAAGACUUGAUUUUUGUGAAGGAACAAAAGUUUGGCCGCAAUUUUCAGUCAACUUUCAUCAAACACAUCAUUCAUGUGAGUGCCGACGCCCGUUUGUUUAGCACGCUAUAUCUCAGCUGUGGGCGGAGUUAUCAAAAAGUUAUCAACUGACAAAUUACUCAAAAAGACAUUUUGCACAUUUUAUCAGUUGACAACUUUUUUGCAUCUCUUUCGGCUGCUGAGAUACAUCGUUUUGAAUCAACAAUAUUGUACGUCAACUUUUUCAGGGUGUCCAUUACAUCCAUAACAGUUCGAUGAAAGUGCAUGGUGCGUUGUACUUGUCAAAUUGCGUUGUCGAUUCCUAUUGGGUGGUCAAAAUCACCGAUUUCGGCAUCAAAAACAUUCUGAAAGAGCGGAUGAGCCACAAGGAGUUGGCGCCGAGUUGCCCGUUCGAUACGGACGCGUUGCACUACAGUAAUCGCCCCCGGGGAAUUGUAUCAUUUGCAGAAAAUAAGCUUGCAGAAUAUCUCCAACAAGCCCCCGAGCAUUUGGCAUCGAUUCUGGAGCGUAAUGAGGAUCCGACGGGCUCGGUGGAGGGCGAUAUUUACCAGGUGGCCAUGCUCAUUUAUCAAAUUCUCUUCUACAUGCGUCCGUUUGCCGAGCGACAGGAGGAUACAAGAGGUAAUGCCGCGUCCAAUGUCUCGGAAAAACCGUAAAAACCGCAGAUUUUUCUGUCCAAAGUCGGCCGAAAUUUGCGUGAAAAACGGGGGUGCGCACAGCUCAAUGAGUGUAACCGUACCCCUAAAACUACGGUAUUUUUUGAAAAUUUGUUAAUUUCUUGAGGUUAUUUGAAAAUAUUCAAAUUUUUUGCGCAAAUUUUCAAAAAAUACCGUAGUUUUAAGGGUACGGUUACACUCAUUGAGCUGUGCGCACCCCCGUUUUUCACGCAAAUUUCGGCCGACUUUGGACAGAAAAAUCUGCGGUUUUUACGGUUUUUCCGAGACAUUGGACGCGGCAUAAGGGAGGAGAACAAAAGUAGUUUGAGUUUGAGUUUUUUAAAGUUUCAACACCCCCCGACGCAUCUCGUUGUCACACUUCCAGACCUGGCCAAACUCAUCGCCGACCCGUCGACUCCGCCGAUCCAUCCAAAAGUACCAGAAGGCACCAGUUUCACGAUGCGUCUUCUUUCGAUCAUUCAACAGUGUUGGCUGCACAAACCGGCCGCCCGUCCCACACUUAUUAAGAUCACCGAUGCGGCGAACAGGGAAUUCGGACAAGAGUGAGUUGGGCACUCGAUUCAAAACGAUUUAUCUCAGCUGCGGGUGAAGGUAUCAAAAAGUGGUCAACUGAUAAAAUGUGCACAAUCUUUUUUUAUUUAUUUUAUCAGUUGACAACGUUUUGAUAGCUCCUCUGGCAGCUGAGAUAUAUUGUCCCUUAUGAGGGCUACCUUCAAAUUUCUUCAGCGUGAAAGGAACUUUGAUCGAUCAAAUGAUUGAGAUGAUCGACGAAUAUUCGGCAAAUUUGGAGCAAAUUGUGGCCGAGCGAACCCGAGAAUUGGAGCAGGAGAUGGCGAAGACCGAGAAUUUGCUGUAUCAACUACUUCCAAAGUUGGUUUUCCACAUGUUUUGCAUCGUACUGACACCAUUUUCAGAUCAAUCGCCGACUCGAUCCGCUGCGGCCGAAGUGUGGUGCCCGAACAACACGGAUCCGUCUCGUUGCUCGUCGUGGACGUCUGCCAAUUCACGAAAUUCUGUGAGGCCUUCAUUCCAGUACAUGUACGAUCACGACCACGUUCACGGUUCACUGUUCACUGUUCAGAUCCUCGAAACACUUCAAGAGCUCUACUCGUCCUUUGACUAUAUUGUCCAGAAAAACAAGGCGUUCAAAGUGGAAAAUGUGGGCGACGCCUACCUCAUUUGUAGUGGAAUUCCCGAAAUGAGUGGCCUCCGACAUUUGAGAGAAGUUUGCAAGAUUUCGUUGAAAUUACAGACGGUGCGAGCCAAAAUCGGAGCAUAAUUUCGAGCUGCAUAAACACUCGUUUUUGCAGUUUAUGAAAACGUUCACAGUGCGCCACAGGCCUAGCCACGUGUUGACCAUCAAAAUGGGCAUCACGAGUGGAGCGGUGGCGGCCGGAAUACUCGGAAGCAUCGCUCCGAGAUUCUGCAUCUUCGGCGAUACCGUCAAUAUGGCGUGUCGGAUGGCGAGCACCGGCGCCCCGGGAAAGAUUCAGAUUAGCGAGUUGACGGCGAACACGUUGUUGGAGAAGUUUCCCGCGUUCAUACUCGAAGAACGUGGAAUGAUCGAUGUGAAGGUGAGUUUUAGCGAAAAUUCUGAAUUUCUGACGUCUUCUGAUUCUGCGUUUUUCUUUCGUCGCGCAGUCGCGCUCGCGCCCGCGCCACACAUUUAUACCCGCCCCUAAACGCUCUCCGCGCCAUGAGUGUGUGUGGCGCAGCGGGUAACCAUUUUGCCUGUCAACCAAAAUGCCGCGGGUUCGAACCCCACUACCCCCCUAUUCCAUUUUCAGGGCAAAGGAUCGUGUCUGACGUUCUGGCUGACCGGAGAAAAAGACAAUAUGCGUCGUCAGUCGUCGCGAUCAAGUUGCAUCUCACAAAUCAAGUUCGAGCUGGAAAACUAUGAAUCGUCCGCUCAACCGCCGAGUAAUUAUCUCAAAGUUUAG